GCUCAGCGAGCUCGAGAUGGUCCAGAGCCGAACCCCAAGUCCAGUCAUCCACAGAGCGCCGGGGACAGAGCAACACCACACGACGGAGCUGUCUGCUGCCAACGGCCACUCAUCACCGGACCCCCCGGAGCAAGGCACACACGCCGCCCGGCGCCCUCCCGGUGACACCACAGACCACGAAUGGUGUGCGACGGCGAAGCACUGGUCAGCCCGUCCGGAACAGGUCUCCAGAAGACUACUGAAACCAACCCUCAAAUCAAAAAGAAAACCAUGAAGGACAAGGUGGCAAGUUCAUCGGACCUUUUGGCUAACGUGACUGUUCCAAACGCCAACGGCACAUCGACCACCAACGGAACGUCAUCGACUAACGGGAUCAAGAACGGCAGUGCCAACGGAAGUGCCAACGGAAGUGCCAACGGGGUGAAGAACGGCGCCACGCCCGUGUACCGAGGGAUGAUAACAUUGGACGGCAAGGACCCGAUGUGCGACGCAGACAACCCCAUCUGCCUCCAGUUUGAGGAUGUGACCUCGGCCGCCUUCAAGAUCAAGGGUGGCGUCCUCAACACGCCCUGCAUGCUGUCGCACCUGUCAUCGCUCACGGGGAUGGAGGUGUACCUGAAGCAGGACUUCCUCCAGUUCACCGGCAGCUUCAAGGAGCGCGGCGCCCGGUACGCGCUCAUGGAGCUGCCGGCCUCGCAGAAGUCCCGGGGCGUCAUCUCGGCCUCGCUGGGCAACCACGCCCUCGCGCUGUCCUACCACGGCAAGCUCCUCGGCAUCCCCGUCACCGUCGUCAUGCCCCUCGUGGCGCCCAUGAUGAAGAUCCAGUGCUGCCGGCAGCACGGCGCCACCGUGGUGGUGCAGGGCCAGGACAUGGCCGAGGCCAAGGCCAUCGCCAUGCGCAUGGCGCGCCAGGAGGAGCUGGCCUACAUCAACGGCUACGACCACCCCCACAUCAUGGCGGGCCAGGGCACGCUCGGCCUCGAGAUCCUGGAGCAGGUGCCCGACGUGGACGCCAUCGUGGUCCCCGUGGGCGGCGCGGGCCUCAUCGCCGGCAUCGCCACCGCGGUCAAGUCCAUGCGGCCCAACGUCAAGAUCAUCGGCGUGGAGUCGGAGCGCUGCGCCAGCUUCUCGGCCGCGUUGGAGGCGGGUAAGCCCGUGCCCGUGGCCGGCGGGCCCACCAUCGCGGACGGCCUCGCCGUGCCCACGGUGGGCGUCAACGCCUUCGUGACGGCGGCGCCGCUCGUCGACAGAAUGGUGGUCGUCAAGGAGGAGACCGUGGCCGUCUCCAUCCUCAGGCUGGUGGAACUCGAGAAGUGCGUCGUGGAGGGCGCCGGCGCCUGCGGUUUGGCGGCCAUCCUGGACGGCCAGCUCGACGAGUUCAAGGGCAAGAAACUCGUACUCUUGCUUUGCGGGGGUAACAUCGAUACAACGGUGUUGGGGCGCUGCUUGGAGCGCGGUCUUGCCGUCGAUGGGAGGCUCAUGAAGUUUUCCGUGACGGUGAGCGACCGGCCAGGAGGCAUCGCUGAGCUCUGCUCCCAACUGGCGCGGCUCGGUGUGUCUAUCAAAGACAUCGAGCAUGAGAGGGCCUGGAUCGCGUCCGACGUUUUCAGUGUCUCGGUCACGGUAACGUGCGAGACGAGAGACAUGGAACAUGCCAAUGAACUAAGAGAUACACUCAACAAAAACUACACUCACAUUGUGUUCCCUGUGAUGCGCUAGUUCAUUUUAAAUCCUGCAUUUCUGGUCGUUGCUUAGCACCAUUGCUUAGAGGAAGUCGUUUGUACAUAGCAUUAUCAUUCAACCCUUCAUCUGUUUAUCGCAAUUUUUAAAAUAAUGACUGUAGCAUAAGGUACUCAUCAGUUUUCAUUUGAACAUACAACACAUUUCAACAUUGAAUUCAUACACGCUUUGUCUCAUUUACAUUAAGAAAAAAAAAUCAAAAAAAAAAAUAAUAAAAAUUAAAUUGCAAUUUGAUCACGA